UUCAACCUAAAAAAAUUAAAAAUGGAAAAUUCUUCUGAAGAUAAAUUAACUUCAAAGCUAAAGCCUGAAUUAGAAGCUUUAGAUAAAGAAGCCCUCAUCGAUCGCGUUAUUCGUCUCGAAAAGCAUCUUCAACAAGUCAAAAAUCUCAACAAGAAACUCCAAGAAGGCGAAGUAGCGAAAAAAGAAAAAUCCGGGCGCCCUUUUGACUUUUCCAAAACCACAAAACGUCAUAUUUUACUUCGUUUUUACUAUCUCGGAUGGGAUUAUCAGGGCUAUGCGUCGCAAGAAGAUAGCAUGGAAACAAUUGAACAAUAUCUCCUAAGUGCCAUGACUCGAGUUUGCUUGAUAAAAGACAGAGAAACGGCGAAUUAUCAACGUUGCGGAAGAACUGACAAAGGCGUAAGUGCCUUUUCGCAAGUUGUGAGCAUCGAUUUACGAAGCAAACUUUCCUCUGAGGAGAUAGAAAAGGGAAAUUUCCAAGAUGAGAUCAAUUAUUGUGCCUUACUGAACAGAGUUUUGCCCAAAGAGAUAAGAUGUGUUUCGUGGAUGCCUGUGAGAAAUCCUCUUUAUAGCUCGAGAUUCGAUUGUAAGCAGAGAACGUACCGUUAUUUCUUCCCAAGAGGCGAUUUGGAUAUCAAAAGGAUGCAAGAAGCAAGUCAAUUGUUAGUUGGAUGUCAUGAUUUUCGAAAUUUUUGUAAGAUGGAUGUCGCAAAUGGAGUUACGAUGUUCAUUCGAAACAUUUUAAGCGUAAAUAUUGUCCCUAUGAACGAAGAAGAGUCCUCAUAUCAAAUGUUUUUCAUCGAAAUUGUGGGACAAGCCUUUCUCUAUCAUCAAAUAAGGAACAUCAUGACAAUUCUCUUUCUAAUAGGACAACAUUUGGAAGAACCUGAAAUAAUCCCCGAACUUUUAGAUAUCACAAAAAAUCCCUGCAAACCAAAUUAUCACUUAGCUCAUUACGUUCCCUUGAAUUUGUAUGAUGUCGAGUACAAAGACUUCAGCGGAGAAGGUAAAAAUGACGAAAAAAUUGACGAAACUCCAGAUUUAACGGAAUGGAUUUACGAUGAAAGUAACUUGCAAGAAGUAAUAGAAACACUUCAAGGACAAUGGACAAUCGAAAAUGUAAAAGCUUCGAUGAUGAAAUCAAUGUUAAAUGACUUGACAAGACUUUAUCACACGAAAUUUCCUGAAGCGAAAGAAAUAAAAGACCAAAUUUUCGUGUUAAGAGACGAGAAAAGGGCAAAAACGUACAAACCGCUCAUGGAACGUCAAAAGGGAGCAAGUCUCGAACAGAGAUUGGAAACAGUCAACAAGAAACCUGAUCGAAAACGAAAGAUUUGUGAUGUCGAAUGACGCCACGGAGAUAAUCCAUGAAUUUUUUUGAUUAUUUCCGUGUGUCAAAACUCCACGGAGACAAUUUAUAAUUUUUUUUAAUUGUUUCCGUGUGUUUUUUAAAAAUAUUUUGAAGCCUUCUUGAAUCAAGGAAUGAAAAAAAAAUAAAAUAAAAGAUUAUAUGCGAUUUUUUUAAAGUUUUUUUUAUUUUAAAUAGUUAUGUUAAUGUUUUCACACAAUGAAAGCUCAAUGCAGAAAACACACUAAUACUAUCGAGAUAUAUAUAU